AACAAAGUACACAAAGUGAAGGACUGCACCACUCCACGUCAGAGGAAACAUGCAGAGCUUCAGCUCUCCAGGAGGCCGCCUCCUCUCCGAGGACCAGUUCAGCUGCUCCAUCUGUCUGGAAGUGUUCGUGGAGCCAGUCUCCACCCCCUGCGGCCACAGCUUCUGCAAGGCCUGCCUGCAGGGCUACUGGAACCACAGCAAGAAGUUCCUGUGCCCCAUGUGCAAGAAGAGCUACAGCAAGAGGCCCGAGAUGAGCGUCAACAGGGUCCUGGCGGAAAUCUCCACCCAGUUCCAGGGGCUGAUGACGGCCGGGGGAGCUGGAGGAGUUGGAGGAGCUGGGGGAGCUGGGGGAGUUGGAGGAACUGGGGCUGCCUUAAAAGGAUCCACAUUGAGUUUGAGCUCAAAUUCAGGCCAUGCAGGCUCCCAUGGGAUUGACACUGGGGAGUUUGCCCAGGCUGGGGAGGUCCCCUGUGACGCCUGCAUUGGGAGGAAGUUGAAGGCGCACAAGUCCUGCGUGAACUGCCCGGGUUCUUUCUGUGAGGCUCAUCUCAGACAUCACAAGAAGUCGAAGUCUCUGAUUUCUCAUCGUCUCAUCGAACCAACUUUCCACCUGGAGGACAAGAUCUGCAAAAAACACGAGCGUCUCCUGGAGGUGUACUGCCGCACGGACCACGUCUGCAUCUGCACGGCCUGCGCUGAAGCCACGCACAAAUCCCACGAGAUCGUACCGGCCGAGCACGAGUGGAAGAAGAAAAUGAGUAAUCUUGGAAAGAAGAGGUCAGAGGUCAAACAUUUGAUCAAGGAGAGAGCCAAGAAGCUGGAGGAAAUCAAACAAUCCAUCAAGGUGAUCAAGGCCAGCUCUCAGAGAGAGUUGGAGGAGAGCUGGCAGGUGUACGCAGAGCUGCAGCGGAUAGUGGAGCAGAGUCAGGCGGAGCUGGUGGAGCAGAUCGCCACGAGGCAACGGGAGGCCGAGCGGCACGCUCAGGAAUUGGCCCGGGGUCUGGAGAACGAGCUGAGCCAGCUGAGGAGGAGGAGCAGCGAGCUCGACGCGUUCGCACAGACGCAGGACAGAGUCGUCUUCCUGCAGAACAUAGUGGCCCUGUCAGCCUCUCCUGAGCCUGCUGAUUGGUCGGCGGUGAGCAUCAACACUGACCUGUACUUGGGAACCAUCCGUGCCUCUGUCACCAGCCUCGUUGAAAAGUUCCAGGAGGAGCUGAAGAGGCUGUAUGGAAAAGAGCUCCGGAAGGUGCAGAACUAUUCAAGUGAGGUGAUACUGGAUCCUGCCACGGCUCAGAGGAACCUUGUUGUUUCCGAAGACGGUCGCCAGGUGAGGUAUGAAGAGCGCAAAAUCUCCCACUCGGAGGGCCCGAAGCGCUUCAGCCCCGCCCUCUUCGCCCUGGGCAGAGAAGGCCUCAGCUCCGGUCGGCACUACUGGGAGGUGGACGUGGCGCGCAAGACCGCCUGGACGCUCGGGGUAGUCAGCGCCUCGGCCCGUCGCAAGGGUGAGAUCAAGCUGAAUCCCGAGGGGGGGUACUGGUGCCUGUGGCUGAAAAACGGGGAGGUGAAGGCGCUGGAAUCGUCCCGCCUGCCUCUGCAGCUGCCGUCCCAACCCGGUAAAGUGGGAAUCUUCCUGGAUCACGAAGGAGGCCAUAUUUCUUUCUAUGAUGUGAAGGCACGUCUGCAUCUUCACACCUUCACCCACACCUUUAACGAGAGCAUGUAUCCCAUCUUCAGCCCUUGCCUCAUCCAUGAUGGGAAGAAUUCUUCUCCACUUGUAAUCACACCUGUUAAACACACCUGAGCUAGCCAGUGUUCCCUCAACUUUCUCAUAAAACCAUUUAAAAAAAUGUUUAGAACAAAUGAAGAUGUGACGACCCUGUUAAAAAAAAAAAAAAAUUAUCAAGUGGUUUAGUCUGUUAUUUAUGGAAGCCCGUUUCCGCCAGUUUAAAAAAAAAAAUU